CCUCGGCAGUGUUGCGCCAGCUUCCACCUGAUCACUGAUGAUAUGAUCGGCGACCUCCUUGACUGUCGAUUGCUGCCUGGUUAUGAAUGCCUCGAGUAUAUAUGCUACCUUUGUUUUCUAUACUGACAAUCCGUCUUUGCUGUCCUCUUUGCCUCUCUUCUUGUCCACAACUGUAUCAUCCCAUUUCACAAGUUACACGCAACACUUUUCUCUUUCCAUUGUACUGGCCGGCUGUUUGAAUACCUCUUGAACUGCGAAGCUACACCAAAAGCACCUGUAUGAUACUUCACAGACUUCAAGGAUCUCUCUCCUAUUUUGCAAACCACUACAUCCUGUUUCUCUAGAGCAAUCAUGGCCCAUGGUCGGCCUGCUUCGGCGCCUAACCCGUCUAUCGGAGCCACUCAAGAUACACCACCUCAGACCCGUUGCCCAUGUGAAUGCCAUGGUUGCAAAUGCAAUUGCACGGCUUGUUCUUGCCGAACCAAACCUGUUCCAAACAAGGCGAGCAGACAGCAAUACAAUGGCGAGGGCACCCAUGUUUGGUGCAGACCUGAAGAUGACAUUGUCCUUGACGGCCAUAUCUCCGAAUACCCUGAAUCGUUUAGCUCCAUCGCCUCGAGCGGUGGUAGCCUGGGAUUCAACAACAGCUUUGAGGUCCGCGGCUAUAUCGAUACACGCCUCACAAACACCAACUUAGCUCAACAUGACAUUGUCCAUCGAGCCCAAGAUGUCCGUGAGCGAACAGUUGUGGACGAGGAGGAUGUCCAUGACUGGCGUGACUUCCUUGACCCAGAUUCUUCUGGCAUGAUUGGCGCCGAGAAUAUGGAGAUCGAUUCUGUACGUCCUGCAAUCGGUAGUGGUGGCAAUACCUCGAUGUACGCCAGCCAUCACGACGGCGCCUUGAGUCGAGGGACUCCCAGUGUUACGACUUCGCAAAUGAUUAUUGGGGCUGGAGAUGCUUUUGGCGGCCAAAUCCACCAGUUUUUAUCCUUGACACCAGACUGUCGCCAUGUCAGGACUAUCCCUUUGUGUCGUUGCGGACGACACUGAGCACUAUCAAGACAAUGCAGAGCCAACGAAUACUUAUGAGCAUACACGACUGAUGAAUCAAACAUGAUAUCAUAUUGAGUGGCUUGGAGCUGCCCUCGCGGUCGCUUUCAUUCCGCAUGUUGCUUCGGAUUCCCUAUGGCGGUCAGCAUUUGCUAUGAUUCGGGUCUUGAGGACGUGUGACGCUUGAUACAUCGGACUGAGAACAUUGUACUGCCACAAAAGAAGAUACACUGUACACUAUUCCAGCUGCCGAGCGAUCCAGCGUGUAACGACUAUGGGGUACCACUCGUUUUGAUCAGCAUUGGAAGGAUUGGCAAGCGUUUGCAACAUGGUUGUCUUUCAGAACAGCACCGUUUUGAUUUAUUCUCUUAUUGUCUGUAGGCAAUAUAUGAGGCCUCAUUACCAAAUCUCC